CUAAGUCAAAGCCCCAAUCUUUAUUACAAAUACUCAACAAAUCAUCACUUCUGUUCUUACUUCUUCAUAACAAUCACUAUAAUGGCUCAAAGAUUCAUGACCGAUUUAGAAAAAAGACCCAAAUUCACUAUCAACGACGACGUCGAUAUCCUAACUGAAAUCCUCAAAAGACUCGACGGCCGUUCACUCUGCGUCGCCGCCUGCGUUUGUCGAUUAUGGAGAUCCGUAUCGAAAAACGACGACGUAUGGGAACACCUGUGUUUUCGCCGCGUUUCGCCGCGACCUCAAUACGGCGUUCGCCCGGUUGUGGCCGCACUUGGCGGUUAUCGCCGGCUAUAUAUGGUUUGUAUCAGGCGAUUGGGUCGAAGAAAUAGAGUUGGGCGGCGAGCAUGGACGCGGCAAGAGGUGGAGUUAUCGCUAUCGCUGUUCUGUAUUGAUUAUUAUGAGCGAUUGGGCGGUAAGGUUGGUGAUGCGUCUGCGUUAUCGCUCAUGUUUCUGUCCAAGCCCGUGAACGUGUGA